UAUCCAGACACCUCUGGAAUAACAUCCAUAAAGGAAUUACUUCUUUUUUUUGUCUAUAAGCUUUUAAGGCUGAGGAAACGUCAUCCUACACAAAAUCUAAAUCUUCAUUAACCAUGUCGUUGUGGUUUGCUGUCCUUCAUGUAUUAGGUAUUCUCUCUUUGAGCUGGUGCACUUUUGGAUCUGAAUUAAACGUUGCAACGCCGAUUAGCUGUGGGACUCGUGCGGUGGAUCUGUCAGACACACAUCUGCUGGUGCUCUGUCCAGCAAACUGCUCUCUGUGGAGCCUCUCGGUGUUUGGCUCUGGAGUUUAUGCCUCUAUUUCUAGCAUAUGCGGAGCAGCCAUUCACAGAGGAAUCAUAGGUCUGUCUGGUGGACCAGUGGAGGUUCACGGAUUGCAAGGGAGGACAAACUACCUCAGCUCUUACGCUCACGGUGUUCAGUCGCAGUCACUGUCGCAAUGGAGCGCAUCUUUCACUGUGGCCCGAACAAUUAGCUUGCCUUUGGAAGUGUCCAGCCAAACCAGCAGUUCUGCCACUGUCACAUCUGGAGCAGCUAAGAAGCCAGUGAAAAAAAUAGUGAAAAAGCCUCCUCCAGCAACAGCACACAAAGAUUGUCCAGUUGAUAUGGCUUUGUUGCUGGAUAGCAGCUACAACAUUGGACAGCGGCGGUUCAACUUGCAGAAGAACUUUGUCAGUAAACUUGCAACCAUGCUGAAGGUUGGGACACAAGGUCCUCAUGUAGGAGUGGUGCAAACCAGUGAAACACCUCGAACUGAAUUCUACCUGACAAACUAUACGACAGCCAAAGAUGUGACCUUUGCCAUCAAAGAAAUCCCGUACAUUGGGGGCAAUACCAAUACAGGUAAGGCCAUACUGCACACUGUGAGGAACUUCUUCAGUCCGGAUUUUGGCGUGCGGAGAGGUUACCCACGGGUCAUUGUGGUGUUUGUCGAUGGGUGGCCUUCUGAUAAUGUGGAGGAGGCAGCAAUUUUAGCCAGAGAGUCUGGCAUUAAUAUAUUCUUUGUGUCUGUGGCCAAACCUUCCCCUGAGGAGGCAAGUCUGGUGAGCGAUCAAGACUUCAUGAGAAAGGCAGUGUGCAAGGACAAUGAGUUCUUCACCUUCACCAUGCCCAGCUGGUUCAGCACCAACAAGUUUGUGAAACCACUAGCUCAAAAGCUUUGCUCUAUCGAUCAGAUGCUUUGCAGCAAGACGUGCUACAACUCAGUGGACUUGGGCUUCCUGAUCGAUGGCUCCAGCAGUGUAGGUGAUGGGAACUUCCGGCUGGUGCUGGACCUCCUUGUCUCCAUCGCACGUAGCUUUGACAUCUCUGACAUUGGAUCUCGCAUUGGUGCCAUCCAGUUUACCUAUGACCAAAGAAUGGAGUUCAACUUCAAUGACCACGUCUUGAAAGAUAACGCUUUGAGGGCCCUGCAGAAGAUCCCGUACAUGAGCGGGGGAACAGCCACUGGAGAUGCCAUCAACUUUGCUGUGCGCAGUCUCUUUAAACCCCGCUCAAGCUCCAACAGGAAGUUUCUCAUCAUCAUCACUGAUGGACAAUCUUACGAUGAUGUGAGAGUUCCGGCUAUGGCUGCCCAGCGAGAGGGAAUCACCGUUUACGCAGUGGGUGUUGCUUGGGCUCCUAUGGAAGAUCUGAAGGCGAUGGCGUCUGAGCCCAAAGAGAGCCAUGUGUUUUUCACUCGCGAGUUCACCGGGUUGGGACAGUUCCAGCAGCCCAUCGUCCGGGGCAUCUGCAGGGACUUCACAGAGUUUAAUUAGACCAUUUUGAGUUUUGCUUGAGUGCAAGAAUACGAAGUAAGAUAUUGAACCAAAAAAAAUGUGUCAGAGUAAAUAAGAAAACUACGUUUGUCUUUUGAUUUGUAGAAAAAGGGAUUUGAAUGGUUUUGAUAUAAAGGCAUUGAUAUGUUUGAUCCAAAGGUUUUUACAGCUUUUUUUGAGAAUGUAUCACACAGUAUUGUAUGUCAACUUCUCUAUAUGUGGAGAAUGUAAUUAUUUGUGAUUUGUAGUCUUUCUCUUUAUGUUUCUGUUGAAAAAAACCAACAACACAUUCUUUCGCUGCUUCUGGCAAGCCUUUUUUCCUGUGGAGGGGUCACUGUAACAAAAGGCUCUUUUAGAAUAAUUUCGGAACUUGAAGAUUCAAUUCCGGUUAUGCAACAAGAUGGUGAGCAAAAGCAGCCACGAAGAUUAUCAGUGAAACAGCGCCCUCUAACGCAUUCUGAUGGCAGUACACAAAACAAAGCUUUCGUUCACAUAGUUCUGGGUUACAUACGGUCCUUCCCAGGGGUACCACCAAUAUACAUGCACUGUGAUAAUACAUUCAUCACAUUUUCGCAACGAAUCAAGUGUGCCUGUGUGAGAGAAGAGGAUUAUGGUUAAAAGUUAAUGUGUUUACUAUAAAUAUAUCUAUAUUUUCCUUUUCUUAAAUUAUACUUAUCUAUUUAUCGAGCCUAUUUUCAGUGUACUUUUUCCAUAUGCAUGCUUUACUGCCUUACAGAAUGACAAUAGAUGCGAGGAGGGCAUCAAACUGCUUGUACAUUUGUUUAUAAUUUAUUACUUCUCAAUAAAGGACAAGGUGUUUGUACAACUUGA